UUCCCUUCACAGAACAUGAGCGACGCGAUGGCCAUGCUGCCAAAGCUGUCCACAGGCCUCGACGUUAAUGUGCGUUUCACAGGUGUGUCCGACUUUGAGUACACGCCUGAGUGCAUCGUCUUCGACCUGCUCGACGUUCCUCUCUACCACGGCUGGCUCGUCGACCCGCAGAGUCCCGAGGUGGUGUCUGCAGUGGGCAAACUCAGCUACAACCAACUGGUGGAGAAGAUCAUAGAUUUCAAGCACUCGACAGACAGCAGUCAAGUCGGCGAAGGUUUGAUAGCAGAGCAGUUUUUGGAGUCCACAGCAACCCAGCUGUCGUAUCACGGCCUGUGUGAGCUCAACACGACGGCCAAGGAGGGAGAACUGUCUGUAUUUUUCAGGAACAACCACUUCAGCACCAUGAUAAAGCACAAGGGUCACCUUUACCUGCUGGUCACGGAUCAGGGCUUCCUGCAGGAGGAGAGCGUGGUCUGGGAGAGCCUCCAUAAUGUGGAGGGGGAUGGGAAUUUCUGUGACUCAGACUUCAGAUUGUGUCACCCUUCCCAGAAACCCACAGCGGCCAGCCAGCCCUCCGCACAACAGCAGCAGAUGCAGAUCGACCAGGACUAUCUGGUGGCGAUGUCCCUGCAGCAGCAGCAGGGUGAAGCUCCUGGACCCUUGAGUGAUCUUGAGCUGGCCAGACAGCUGCAGCAGGAGGAGUACCAGCAGCCUCAAACACAGCAGCACCAGCCCUCAGCAGGACAGGUACUUCCUGUCUGCGUGACACUUCGCCGAAUCAUUCUUUCAGGUCAAAUAAAGGUGCUUCGAAAAAACGGUUCCAUAAAGAACCUUUGACGUCUGAAGAGCCUUUCUGUUUGGUUCUUUAGGUUCUAAAAAAGUAAGACAGAGAACCUUUGACUGAAUGGUUCUUUAUGGAACCAAAAAUGGUUCUUCUGUGGCAUCACUGUAAAGAACCUUUUGAAGCGCCUUUAUUUUUAAGAGUAAAUGUCUAAGUAAGACAUUUAUAAGCCAUUUUGUAAAUUGUUGUAUUCAAUAUAGCGCAGCAAUUUACAAAAGAGUAGAUUAAUGAACGAUUCACACAAACUUGUUUUACCCUCCGUUCAGUGAUUUUUGUAAUGGUUUUAAGGCUCUUACGAUCAUUUAUUUGGUUAAAAAUAAAACGAAAAUAAUUGUGCAACAUCAUGAUUUUUUAGAAAUCAUUCUAAUAUGGCAGUUUUGAAGCAUUUCUUAUUGACUGGUGAAAGUGCUGCUUAAUAUUUAUUUUCAGAUGAAUAGAAAAACCGAAAUUGAU